GUAGAGCCCCUGGAACGUGCCAGAUCGACCCCCCCCAAACCCAGUUCUAGUGUCUUCUUCGGCUUCUUCGGUGCCUGGGACUCCAAGGCCGGCCUUGGUGGCUGGCUGCACGUCGUCUGGCUGUUUGCUUCGGUUGCCUUGCUUUGCAGCAUGCCUCCACCGCGGGGGGACGUGACCGCCUUGUUCCUGGGGCCUCCGGGCUCGGGAAAGUCUUCCCUCAUCGCUGCCCUGUGCGACAAGGGCGUGGAAACCAUCGACAUCCCCGAGGGGCCGCCCGAGUCCAGGAUCCCCAGCCUGCGAGCCGCUGGCCCGGGGCUCUUCCUGGGCGAGCUGAGCUGCCCGCCUGCCAAGCCCGGACCCUGGGCCGCCGAGGCCGACGUGUUGGUGCUGGUGCUGCCCGGGCCCGAGACUCACGCAGAGCCUCUAGGCCCCGAGCUGGAAGAAGCAGCCCGGGUGGCCCUGGCACGGGGCACCCCGCUGCUGGCGGUGCGGAAUCUCCGUCCUGGAGAUGCUCAAAAUGAACCCCAGGCCCGGGAACAGACAGCGACCCUACUGGCCAAGGCGGGGCUGGAAGGGGCCGCCCUCUUCGUGCUGCCUCCUGACCGUGGUGGUCAAGAGAACUGCGAGGAACUGGAACGCCUUGGGGCGGCGCUGCGGAGCCGGGCAGAGGCGCUGCAGAGACUCCUGCCACCAGCUCAGGAUGGCUUUGAGGUGCUGGGCGCUGCAGAACUGGAAGCCGUUCGAGAGGCCUUCGAGACUGGCGGCCUGGAGGCAGCACUGUCAUGGGUUCGUGCCGGCCUGGAACGACUGGGCAGCGCGCGGCUCGACGUGGCCCUGGCCGGCGCUGCCGGUGUGAACCUAGUGCUGGACGAAUUAUUGGGCUUAGAGCUCAACAACCCUGGGCCAGGGCCAGCUUCGGAGUUUGCGGUACCCACUUCGCACCCGGCCCCAGAGCGCCCAAAUGUGGUGUUCUGGGCUGUGCCGCUCAGCCCCGGGGACACAGCCACUGUCUCCCACCCAAGCCACUAUGACGCCCUCAUCUUGGUCACUCCGGAGGCCCCCACUGAGAAGGACUGGGCGUCGGUCCGACCUUUGGUGCAGCCGGAUGCACCGUUGGCCUGCGUGCGAACUGACGGCCAGGGUGAGGAUCCAGAGUCCCCUGAAGAAGAGCAGAAGGAGAAGCUUAGCCAGAGUUUAGAGAAGGCAGAUUCAGGGCAACCAGAGAGAGUUGGUGGAGAAGUCAGGGAGGUCCAGGGCCUAGAGUCACCGAAAGCAGGCGACGGGAGCUGGCAGCAGGUGCAUGUCCCCACGAAGGAAUCAGACAGUGGGGAUACCGAAUGCACGACAGCCUUGAGCCCAGAAGACGAGGCCUGGGAGGUGCUGGAGGAAACCCUGCCGCCCGUGUUCCCCCUGAGACCCGGUGGGCUCCCUGGGCUCUGCGAGUGGUUGCAGCGUGUGCUCCCACCAGCUCAGGCCGGGGCAUUGCUCCUGGCACUGCCCCCCGCUUCUCCCUGUGCCGCCCGAAAAAAGGCAGCGGCACUGCGGGCCGGGGCUUGGCGGCCGGCUCUCCUGGCCAGCCUAGCAGCAGCGGCUGCCCCAGUCCCCGGCCUGGGAUGGGCAUGCGACGUGGCUCUCCUGCGGGGUCAGCUGGCCGAGUGGCGCCGGGCACUGGGACUCGAACCCGGGGCGCUGGCCCGACGGGAAAGUGCACUGGGCCUGGCCCCUGGUUCCUUGGCCGAGCGCACUCACUUUCCAGGCCCAGUGACACGAGCAGAAGUCGAGGCACGGCUGGGUGCCUGGGCGGGUGAGGGCACUGCGGGGGGUGCGGCACUGGGCGCCCUCUCCUUUCUCUGGCCUGCCGGGGGUGCGGCGGCCACAGGUGGCCUGGGCUACCGAGCUGCACAUGGUGUCCUGUUGCAGGCACUAGAGGAGAUGCUGGCCGAUGCCGAGGCUGUGCUGGGGCCCCCCCAGUGAGCAGUGGGACCGGUACCCCGGUGCCUAGCGUCCUAGCUGUUGGGCCCUGUCAAGUCUGAGAACUCUAAGCUUGCAGUAGAGGGAGGGGAAUUUGAGGGGUCCAGGCCUAGGAUACAGGGAAUUCUGAGCUGCUAGCUGGGGUGGUCGGGGCAAGUGCGGC